AGGCCUCUGCUGGCCUGGGCUCUGAGUGCUGGGCACUGACCACAGCGGGCAGCCGAAGGGUCAGGCAAGCCUUGGAGAAGAGAUGCCUGGGAAGCCAUCAGAAGAGAAACAGGUGGAGAUGGGGGCUGUGGAGAACGGUGCUGGGGAGGACCUGGGGGGCCUCACGGCAGAGGAGCUGCGGCAGGGCCAGGAAGCGGCCCUGGCACUGGAGGAUAUGAUGGCGCUGAGCGCCCAGACCCUGGUCCAGGCCGAGGUGGACGAGCUCUACCAGCACGUGCGUCCCCUGGGCCAGGGCCGCUUUGGCCGGGUCCUGCUGGUCACCCACCGUCAGAAAGGCACAACCUUUGCCCUGAAGCAGCUCCCGAAGGCCUCCACCACCCUCCGAGGCUUCCUGUAUGAGUUCUGUGUGGGCCUCUCCCUGGGCUCGCACUCGGCCAUCGUGGCGGCCUACGGCAUUGGCGUGGAGUCAGUCGACUCCUACAGCUUCCUGACCGAGCCUGUCCUGCAUGGAGACCUCAUCGCCUUCAUCCAGCCCAAGGUGGGCCUCCUGCAGCCAGCAGCCCAGCGCUGUGCGGCCCAGCUGGCCUCAGCCCUGGAGCACAUCCACUCCCGCGGCCUGGUGUACCGGGACCUCAAGCCGGAGAACGUGCUGGUGUGCGACCCAGCCUGCCGGUGGGUCAAGCUGACCGACUUCGGCCACACGCGGCCCCGCGGGACCCUGCUGCGCCUGGUGGGGCCGCCCAUACCCUACACAGCCCCGGAGCUCUGUGGCCCCCCGCCCCUCCCCGAGGGCCUGCCCAUCCAGCCCGCCCUGGACGCUUGGGCACUGGGCGUCCUGCUCUUCUGCCUUCUCACUGGCUACUUCCCCUGGGACCAGCCCCUGGUGGAGGCCGACCCCUUCUAUGAGGACUACGUCAUCUGGCAGGCCUCAGGCCAGCCCCAGGCCCGUCCUCAGCCCUGGCUUGGCCUGACGCCCGUGGCAGACGCUCUCCUGUGGGGGCUGCUGGACCCUCACCCCCGAAGGAGAAGCCCCGUGAGCUCCAUCCGGGACUACCUGGGGCGGCCCUGGAGGCAGCGGGAGGGGGAGGCCGAGGAGGUGCCCCAGGGGGAGAAGGGGGACCUAGACUGA